ACAACAACUUUAAACCGGUAAAAUGUUGACCAACCCGGAAUAAAGACAUGGAAUGUGUUAUCUUUGUUGUUGGUGUUGUUGCUUUUCAUCGCCUCUGUUGGAACCACCAUGGCGGAGAGAUGGACGAACACGGCUCUACUCGUUAUCGAUAUGCAGAAUGAUUUCAUAGAGGAAGAUUCUGUGAUGCAAGUGAAAGGUGGAAAAGCCAUAGUUCCUAAUGUUAUCAAUGUGGUCGAACUCGCGAGGCAGCGUGGCGUUCUCGUCGUUUGGGUUGUUAGAGAACACGAUCCUCAGGGAAGAGAUGUUGAAAUAUUCAGGCGUCAUCACUACAGUUCUGAGAAAGUUGGACCGACUGUUAAAGGAACAGAAGGUGCAAAGCUAGUCGAUGGACUGAACAUCAGAGAAGAAGAAGAUUAUAAGAUAGUGAAAACCCGUUUCAGCGCCUUCUUCGGCACUCAUCUUCAUUCGUUCCUCCAGACUUCAGGGGUUACCAAGUUAGUCAUCGCUGGGGUGCAAACGCCAAAUUGUAUCAGGCAAACGGUGUUUGAUGCAGUGGAGCUGGACUAUCCAGAUGUAACUGUUAUUGUAGAUGCGACAGCUGCUGCAACACAGGAGAUUCAUACGGCGAAUAUUCUGGACAUGAAAAAUAUCGGCGUCAAGACUCCUACGUUACACGAAUGGUCUGAAGAAUUUGCAUGAUGGUUUUUGGAUGACAAUAUAUCCACCCUUCUUCUAUAUUCUUCCACCACUUUUUCUUGUCCUUUUAUAUAUUUGUAAUUGAAGAUCUGAAUGAAAAAUAAAGUAAAACAUCUUGCACUUA